AUGGUGCUCAUUCUGUUCUAUUGCAGAAUUACACGUGCCGCAAGGAACAGUCAAUUAAUUAUUCGGGCUGCUAUAAAAUGUAUUCAAGAACACAAGCUUGAAGCCGAGUUUCCAUUAGAGAGCCUUCAGAAGCGACUUGAACAAUCGGAGAAGACCAAGGUGGAGAAGAAAAAACCUUCUGGUGGUGGUCCUGCAGCUCCUGCCAACAAGCGAACACGAGCUAAUAAUGGGGGACCAAUGCCUCCUGCCAAGGCUGGUCGGCUAACAAACACUGUGCACGUCUCCUCCCCUGCUGCUCCUGCCUUUGUACGGUCACCAUCUGCCCAUACCACAUACCCUGCGGCAGCACCUUAUCCUUAUGAUAGUCCAGCAGGACACGGUGUCUAUGGUAGCAGGAGCCCUCCAGUCAUCAGGGACUCCUAUGGAUAUCCAGCCGAAGUAGGCCCUGUCGCACUUGGUGCGCCAUACCACUCACCACCUAUGAGUUAUCCAGUCUAUGGAAAUUACAAUCCCUUGGGAGGAUACAACAAUGGAGUGGCACCAGGCUAUCAACAGGCUUACUACAGGUAGGGUUGGUAUCAAGACUUCAACAAGUUGACCUGGCUGGAUGACAUAAUCAC